AAAUCAAUGGUGUUAAAAUAGCAUUAUCGGUUCUUUCACAUGUUGUUGAUGAGUAUUACUUGCUGUGAGAUUUUCUGUGAAAUAAUGCGCGGAGAUUCUAUUCCGACUUACUUACUAAGCUGGCCAUUUGAUUAUCUAGAGAGAUGUUAUUAACAGCUUUUAUUAUAAUAAAUCUAGCAUAGCAGACACUGCUAAGCGCGUUAGACACCAGCCUUAGCGUAUAGAAGCUGAGAGUAUGGUACUACCACUUCAGUCAUUUAUUUUGACUUUAUCCGGGAAGCGGACCGUGUGUCCUAAUCCGCAACGUGUUACAUUGCCGCCGAUAGACCAUCGCAAGACAGUUUGGAUUUGAAAAAAUGUCGAUGUAGUCAUUGAAAAUGUUCCGACUACGCCAAUCACGGUUGGUGAAAUUAUGCGUGUUUGGGCUUCUCUUCGCCACAAUCUACGGGCUUUUCUCGCCAUGGAAAAUAGUUAUCGAGAUACGCUCUGCUUCUGCUCCACCAGACACGAUUCCAGACCCGACUUCAGACAUUGUCGUACAAGACGACAUUCCUAUUGAGAUUUUAGAGGAAUUCGUUAUAAACGACGACAUUGAGCAGAAUUUUGGGCCCCUUGAAGAAUCCUUCCAGAAGCUAAUUAGAGAGCCGCCGAAACCUCCAAAACGGUCUCGUGACGAGUCAAUAAAGCUGAUAUAUGACAGUAAAAGCCCUAAUGACUGGCUAGAUUUAGUAGAGGGUCACGAUGACCAUGGCUUGAUGGCUUUGACAAAAGUCACGCAGCGUUACAUCUACCAAAAGCAAAAUCCAUCUGGAUGCGAUGGACAGAAAUUUCUGAUUUUAAACAAGUUCCCUGGGGACGAUGCUUUUGGUCUUGGGGCAAUAGUGCAGCGCAUCUCUGACUACCUCUCAGUUGCCAUUCAGACCAACAGCAUUCUUCUGUAUUCCGAGGACUCAUCUCCUGGGGAGCAUUUUAUCCAAGAACCUGCAGAAGGGGGAGACGAGUCUUGUGGGAGGUCAUUGGAUUGCAUCUUCCAAAAACUGAGCAAAUGCAAGAGCAAAUCCCAAAAAGGAAUGGAAAGCAAAGUCCAGAGCGUCUUUGACAUGCCAGGUCAUGACACCGCAACAGUUAUUGACGCAGAAGCGUACCUUCAAAAACACGGAACCCAAAUUCCGCCCGUCUUCGAGGCCGCGUUGAGGUCGAUACAGCCUGACAUUACUAGCGAAAUGCUAAAGUACUGGUGGAGGGCCCAAGCCGCAGCGUACAUCAUGAGGCUUAAUAAAAAGGCUUCGGCUAGGAUGAAGGGAUUUCGGCUCGGUACAGACACUAAACAGCUGGGGAUACAAUGGGAUGUGAAUGGCCAACCUCAAGACGUGGACUUUCCAUUUCCCAUGCCAGAAGGUACCAUAAGCAUGCACGUGCGCCACGGCGACAAAGGAUCCGAAAUGCGCCUUGUGCCAUUCAAUGAUUACGUUGUUCGAGCAGAAAAGUUUACAGCGGAAAACCCUCUUGGCUCGUGGAAGCGGGCAUUCUUGUCGACAGAGGACCCAAACGUCAUCGAGCAGAUGAAAAGCAUGGCACGGGUGACCCCAUUCUCGUACAGUGGUAGCAAUGCAAGAUGGACGUGGUACUGGUCGGAAAUUCCGAGACUAAACACCAGCCCUGAAAUUCAACUGAGGGAAUUUGGGAAUAGAACAGACUUGACAAUCAAAUGGCUUCUUCAGCUUGUCAUGGCGAUUGAAUGCGAUGUGUUUGUUGGGACUCGAGGUUCGGGAUGGAAUCGCCUCAUCGACUCCCUUCGCUGUGUAUGGCUCGCUUCAUGCAAACAACCGUUCCUCGAAGUUGGACUUGAAAACGAUUGGGCUGGUUAUGGACCAUAGUGGGGUAUAGGGAUGGAGGUUUGUAUACAUGACGCUAGGGGACUGGUAUGAAAGUUAGAAAUGUAGUUUAGUGUCGACACUGUCCGAAAUGUGCCUAUACUUUUGUCACCAAAAGGCGACUAAAUUCUAUCCUUGCUGUUAUCUUGAGCUUCAGUAUGCUGUUGCUCUGGACAAGUUUAGCUAGGGCGAAGAGACAUUUAUUGUUUGGCCUGUCCAGCACACUUUGUGACUACCGUCCCUGGGACCCUGGGAUAUAUAGUUCCAUGUAGCACAAGUACAUAUUUCGGG